UUGUUUGUUUGAGCGAAAAAAUAAAGUAGAAAAAAUAAAGUUAAAAAUAGAAGAGUGAGGGGGAAAUCGUAAGUGAACAAGUGUUUUCUCAAAAUCGUUUAAAAAUGGCCUCCCACCAUCUGUACGGGGCGUUGAUCGCGCUGACCUGUGUGCUGUGCUACCACAACAGCCUCAACUGUGGCUUCGUGUUCGACGACAUCAGUGCGAUUAAGGAGAAUCGCGACCUGAGACCGCACUCGUCGAUCAAGAAUGUGUUCCUGAACGAUUUCUGGGGCACGCCGAUGCAUAAGGAACAAAGCCAUAAAUCAUACCGGCCCCUGUGUGUGCUGACGUUCCGGUGGAACUAUCUGCUGCACGGGUUGGAGCCGGCCGGGUACCACCUGGUCAACAUGCUGCUCCACACCGUCGUCUCGCUCAUGUACUUUCGAAUGUGCGCCAUGCUCCUGUCGGAGGUGUCCAGCUUUGCAGCGGCGAUGCUGUUUGCGGUGCAUCCGAUUCACACCGAGGCGGUAACCGGCGUCGUAGGUCGGGCCGAAACGCUGUCCUCGGUGUUUUUCCUGGCGGCGUUCAUCUUCUACACCAAGGCGACUAGGCGGAAACGGGCCACUGGCUGGCGGUACCUGUCGGUGGCCAUGGUCUUCGUGGCCACGGCGAUGCUCUGCAAGGAGCAGGGCAUCACCAUCACCGGCGUUUGUGCAAUUUACGAGAUCUUCGUCGCCCAGAAGAUCCGGCUGAGUGACAUCUACCACCUGGCCCGGUCGGUGAUGAGCGGGAAAUCGUUGGCCCUGCCCAGCGGAUGGUGGCCCCACGAGGCGACCCGCCGGUUAGCGGUCCUGUGCGUGUCCACGGUGGCGCUGCUCUUCGUCCGGCUGCAGAUUAUGGGCUCGCAGCUGCCGGUCUUCACCAGGUUCGACAAUCCGGCCUCGGUGUCGCCGACGCCCACGCGCCAACUCUCGUACAACUACCUGGCCUCGGUGAACCUGUGGCUGCUGCUGUUCCCAUGUGACCUGUGCUGCGACUGGACCAUGGGCACCGUCCCGCUGGUGGAGAGCUUUGGGGACGUGCGCAACCUGACGACGCUGGCCGCGUACAGUCUGCUCGGGGUGCUCGUGUGGAUGGCGUUCGUGCAGGUCGAUCGGCAGAAGGCGGCCGUUAUUGUGAUGGGCCUUGCCUUCAUGAUACUCCCGUUCCUCCCGGCCUCCAACCUGUUCUUCCCGGUGGGUUUCGUGAUCGCCGAACGCGUCCUGUACAUGCCCUCGAUGGGCUUCUGCAUCCUGGUGGCGUACGGCUUCCAACUCCUCUCCGAGCGGUGGUCCCGCAAGGCCACCUGGUGCUGUCUGGGCUUUCUCCUGCUGAGUCACUCCGUCAAGACCUACAACCGGAACGCCGACUGGGAGUCUGAGUACACGAUCUUCAUGUCCGGCCUGAAGGUGAACCAACGCAACGCCAAACUGUUCAACAACGUCGGCCACGCGCUCGAGAGCGAGGGCAAGUUCGAGGAGGCGCUUCAGUUCUUCCACAAGGCCGUCAGCGUCCAGGAGGACGACGUCGGGGCGCACAUCAACGUGGGCCGGACGUACAACCACCUGAAGAUGUUCAAGGAGGCCGAGCAGGCGUACCUGAAGGCGAAAUCCCUGCUUCCGAAGGCCAAACCCGGCGAGUCGUACCAGGCGCGGAUCGCCCCGAACCAUCUGAACGUGUUCCUCAACCUGGCGAAUUUGAUCUCGAAGAAUGCGACCAGGCUGGAGGAGGCGGAUCUGCUGUACAGACAGGCCAUCAGCAUGCGGUCGGACUACACUCAGGCGUACAUCAACCGGGGGGACAUUCUGAUCAAGCUGAACCGGACGAAGGAAGCGCAGGAGGUGUACGAGAGGGCGCUGCUGUACGAUAGCACCAAUCCGGAUAUUUACUACAAUCUCGGAGUGGUCUUCCUGGAGCAGGGCAAGGCCUCCCAAGCGCUGGCCUACCUGGACAAAGCGCUCGAGUUCGACCCGGAGCACGAGCAAGCGCUGCUGAAUUCCGCAAUCCUGCUGCAGGAGCUGGGCCGUCCAGAACUGCGGAAAAUCGCCCGCGAGCGUCUCCUCAAGCUGCUCGCCAAGGAUGAAUCCAACGAGCGUGUCCACUUCAACCUGGGCAUGCUGGCGAUGGACGACCGGAACACAGACGAGGCGGAGAACUGGUUCCGGCGGGCGGUGCAUCUCAAACAGGACUUCCGCAGUGCGCUGUUUAAUCUGGCGUUGCUGCUUGCCGAUGACCACAGGCCAUUGGAGGCGGCGCCUUUUCUGAAUCAACUGGUCAAGUACCAUCCCGAUCACAUCAAGGGGCUGAUCCUGCUUGGGGACAUCUAUAUCAACAACAUUAAGGAUCUGGACGCAGCGGAGAAUUGCUACAAGCGCAUCCUCCAGCUGGACCCGAUCAACAUCCAGGGGCUGCACAACCUGUGCGUGGUGUACGUCGAGCGCGGCAAGCUGGCCCAGGCCCAGUCCUGUCUGGCGCACGCCCACCGACUCGCGCCCGGCGAGGACUACAUCCUGCGCCACCUGCAGAUCGUCCAGACGCGCAUCCAGCGACUCCGCUCGACGGCGGGUCCGAGCCGCGAGAAGGAGGUCGCCUUUGCCGAGUACGACCCGCGCGAGUUUGGCGGAAGUCCCGGCGAUGAGGUCGAGGACGACUUCCAGCAGCAGCCAAUUAAUGGCGAUGGCAGUAACGAUAACCAUAAUAAUCUGAAAACAUCAUUACCUCAUGUGACGACUGAAGAAGGAGAAGAAAUGGAAGAAGCAGCCAGUAGCAACAGUGAUCCUAUUUUUAUCGAAUCAGAAGAGCCAAUCUCUCGGCCGUCGGCGCCGACGUCGACGUCGUCUUCUGAACCAGUGGCCGCCCCGGCCAAUGGAAGUCUUCUUCAGCAGCAGCAACAGGAUGCGCCUAGAUUAAGCGACGAUACGACUAGCAGUAGUAACAGUAGAACCAGUAGCAGUACUAGCAGUAAUCAGCAGUCGCAUCAACCCCAUCAAGAGCAGCAGAAGCAGUCGCCGCUGAGGAGUACAAGUAGCAGUAGCAGCAGCAGUCCGCAGAUUGUUGGCGGGAAGGACUUGGACGACCCGUCGUCCGGCAUGUCAUAGCAUCAGAUUCUUAAUUACAACAAGCUAGACUGUUUCAAAAUUAAUUAGGACUGAACUGAACUGAGAGCAGCGAGGCGGUGAACGAGGCGACCUUUUUCGAGAGAAGCGACGACAAAAGGGGCAGUAAGAGGGAUGCACGCGAGAGAUUACGAUGAUGAUUAGAGAGUGUGGGUGAUGUAUUGGGUUACGUUUGGUAAUGAGUUUUAUUUUUCCUCUACGGAAUGAAGAGUGCAUCUUGAGGGAGUUUGACGGAGUCAAAUGCAAAAUAUGUCAAACUUGAAGAUUCAGUUAUUUUUUUUUCCUGAAAAUUUAUAAAUUUCAAACAUAAAUUGGAACGACACUUUACAAAUUUGCUGCAAUUACAUGUUACGAAGAUUCUACUCAGAAAUACUUAAAAAUCAAAUAUUUUGGAAAAUUUUCAUUUAUUUGUCAAAACACAUUGAAACUUCUACGCAAUUAAAAUUGAUUUUUGUUUAUUUUAUUUAUUUAACUGUAAUAUUUUUACAAAAGAAAUUAGGCCUGUACGAAUUUUCUUUUUAAUUGAGUGGAGGGUUAAAAAAUAAUUUCCAAUUUAAAAAUAGUACUUAAACUUAAUUUACAACCCAGAAUUUAACAUUUCAAUCUUAAAAAAAUUGAAUUUUAGGCUUUUUAUAUUUAUGUACUUGAUUUUUAGGGGAUAAUUUCAAAAAGAGAGAAAACAUAAACUUGAAAUAACAAAAUUUUCGGCUUUAUUCCUAGGCUGGUACACAUUUUAAUUCAAAAUUGUCAAUCUUUUAACAAGGAUUAAUUGUAAUUGAUUGUUUGUUUGCGACAGAGCCUAGCUUUGAAUGGAUAACGAUAUAUUUUCAUCAAUUUUAAUUUUUAACUUAGACCUGAUUU